CGGGAAAGGAUGGCCGAUUCGAUGUGUCUGUUAUUGGCGAUGUUCGGGCAGUUACUUAUUUGCGGAACCGAGGCUAGUCUUCUCAGCGUGGAACUCGAUGAGACCGGCCAAGAAUUUCUCAAUGAAUACUUGUCUCUCGAGGAAGGCAAGUAUCUGGCCGAGUUACAGGAGUUUCGAGACACGGCUGUCGACAUCGAUUUGAUCGAUCAGAAGAAGAAGCAUCGUCCUUCGCAUCAAUCGCCCAGGGUUCUUUAUCAAAUCGGGGAUAGCGAGGAGGAGUUGCCUGAAUGUUCGGACCGAAGUGAAGUUUGCAGCAAGGUGGAUUUAUAUGGGUCGCCGUGGGUCGAGAGACAAUGUCGUUGUCCGGAUGGCCGUACCUGUCCUAAUAGCUUGCACGGAGACGAUGGGCACACGAUAGUCGAUAAAACACGGCAGUAUAAGCUGUGCGAGCCAGUGAAACGUCUUCCUGUCUGUCGUUAUUUCAAGGACAUCACAUGGACUCUGGCUCCUGGAGGGGGCCUGGCGAACGCGACGGUUCAACGAGUUUACUGUCGCUGUCGGCCAGGCAGCGUACCCUACCUAGUUCGAAGACAAGCGCACAGAUCUCCCGAGGGAACUCUAGGAUUUAUUUAUGCUUUUGCAUGUUCUCCGCAAAGCAGACUUCGCUGUCAGCACAAGGAGCCAUGUCGACUGUUCACGGUACGAAAGAGACGAAACUCGCAAUUGGAAGAGGUGAACGCUUCGCCCCUUUGUCAAUGUCCGAAGGGUCAUCGAUGUCCCAGACGUCACACGGAUCCGGGUUCCUUUCCAGCAAGAUCUUAUUCCGGCGUCUUGGAGAUUAAGACUUAUAGCGGAUAUUGCGUGCCUUCGCAAUCGCAUCAUUCUGAAACGGUUUACACCGUAUGAA